GUCUGCAACCGUGAAUGUGGAGAAGAAAACUGAAAGCUGUGUGUGUAAUGUGUAUGACAAUUGACUAUGUGAGUGAGGGGGAAAGGUGUAGGAUAGCUGUCAAAUCGGCGUAGUUGUUUUUGUUUAGUGAUAUUGUAGAUAAAGUGUGGCUCGUUUUUGUUUAUAUACGGCGAUUAAGUUAAUAGAUUAGUCAAGCGAUUUGCUGUGAUAAGUACCAUUUUAAUUUAUUAUGUAGUUUGAAAAGUAGGAAUUCGUAGACUUUACUCUUCAGAAGAGAGUUCACUGACUUCUCAGUUAUUUAGUGAGAGAGGAUGACAUCCACCAAGGGUCCUGGUCUGUACGACUUCCUCAUAGAAGCGGAACUUCAGCAUUACUUCACUAGCCUUAAAAAUGACUUAAAGGUCCAAACUGCAGCUCAGCUCAAAUUUGUCUCCGACGAUGACCUGCAGCAGUUGGGGAUGUCGAAACCGGAAAUGAGAAGACUGAAGAAAUAUUUUCAAAAGCACUUCCCGCAAAACUAUAUUUCAAAAUUAAAAAAGAUGAUUGUGUACAAGAAGGAGGAGAACGGACAGUCUCUGAUGGCAGCCAUGUUGUCGGAUGAGAGUCUAGACAAGCCUCCCGUGAGGGUUCCCAACAAACACAUCAUCCCUGCAGACAGUAUCUUGGUCAACAAGGAGUUGGGCACGGGGGAGUUCGGUGUGGUGCAGCAGGGUGUCUGGACCAAUGAUGGAGAAAGAAUACAAGUGGCUAUAAAGUGCCUGAGUCGGGAACGGAUGCAGAGUAAUCCCAUAGAAUUCCUGAAGGAGGCUGCCAUCAUGCAUGGGAUAGAGCAUGAGCAUAUUGUCAGGCUUUACGGUGUCGUUCUCGACACAAAUGCUCUUAUGCUGGUGACUGAGCUAGCACCACUUCGCUCACUGUUGGAGUGCCUUAAAGAACCUUCUCUGCGCUUUAGUUUCCCAGUGCUGACCCUGUGUGACUUUGCCAUCCAGAUCUGUGAUGGCAUGCAGUACCUUGAGGCCAAAAGACUCAUACACAGAGACCUAGCUGCCAGAAAUAUUUUAGUAUUUUCAAAAAACAAGGUGAAAAUCUCGGACUUCGGGUUGUCGAGAGCACUUGGUGUUGGAAAGGACUAUUAUCAAACCAAUUUCAAUGUCAACCUCAAAUUACCUAUUGCCUGGUGUGCUCCAGAGUGUAUAAGCUACCUGAGGUUCACGUCAGCGUCAGAUGUGUGGGCGUACGGAGUGACUCUGUGGGAGAUGUUCAGUUAUGGGUUCCAGCCGUGGGCCGCGCUCACAGGCCACCAAAUACUAGAGGCCAUAGACGAACCCAACUUUCAGAGGCUAGAGCAGCCAGACUGCUGUCCGAAAGAAUACUACUCUCUUAUGCUCAAAUGUUGGCAACAUGAUCCGAACAAGAGGCCUCGCUUCGCUGAUCUCAUGUCGUUACUACCUGAUUACAAGCCGGAGCAAGUGCAGGCAGUCCAGGAGCUGGGAGACGAGAGAGUGAAGAGAGAACAGCUGGUGUACCGAGUGGGAGAAGUCAUCACAGUCCUCGACAAGACGCCUGUGGCGGGGGUGGCAAACUGUUGGAAGGGAGUGGUCAACAGUGGUAAGACCGGACUCUUCAACCCUGCCCACACAGUGGCCUACCUGGGCAAUAACCUACCAUCCAACAAGCCAGGGCAGUUCACCAGGGGUGAUGGUAAGAACGCGUAUUCUUCACGCCGUAACAGGCUGCGGCCAGAAAUGAUCUCCUGUCCCCAGGGGGAUGUAAAACACACGGGACAUGUGGGGCUGGAUGGGGCGUACUUUGGGGACAUCUCCUUCCUCGGAGGCACCAAGUAUGAUGGCAUACCACACCAAGUAGUGACACCAUACAAGCCACACGAGGACACCAGCGCUGAGGUGGAGACCCGCAGCUGCUCGGACAGAGCUCCCCUACUACAGUCCAGCCACUCUGCUAGUAGCAAUGGGCUCUCCAGUGAGUGGGGAGAAAACAAGUCCCUGACCAAGCUGCUGACAGACCACGAGUACCAUGAGAUCAGUGAUGAGGAGAACACACCAGACAGUCCAAGGUUUGAUCCAUUUGACCUUGGUCCGAGUCUGUUGGAUGAAAUGGAUGCUGUGCUGAGGUGUCUAGGGGGUCCGCCUCCACCUCCUGCCCCGCCCAGUAGGCCUCCCGCCUCACCCCCACCACCACCCUCCCCACUGGACGAUACGGUCAACAAGCGCAACGAGCUACGGGAGAUGCAGAACACUCUCUCGAAGUCUAAGAAGAAACAGGCAACAGUGAAACCCAUCUCAGCAGCAGACGAAAGGACAUUGGAUUGUGCCAUUGCCAUGGCCAACGAAUUGGCAGCCCGGUCUAUGAAUGACCUGGGGGUCGGGGGCGACCGUCCUCCCUCAGCUCCCCUCAGUCCUACCUCUCCCACCAAGCGCAAGUUCUCUUUCCGCUUCCCUGCAGGGCCAGCUGGAGCUCCAGGCACCAACAAACAGCACCCCCGUCCUGAGGGCAAGACCUUCACUGACGAGGCUGCUUCCAUUCCUGAUAUUCAGGAGUGUGUUACGCCCGAGGCUCAAGCUGCGUACAAUGUGCUGGUUGAGCAGCCCGCACAGGACACCAACCCUCUGCGUAUGCUGCGUUCCGUGCCAUUCGUUCGCCCCAGGGUGCGCGGUAACAAGAAUUUUGCCACGCUGCCCAACCCUGCACAACGACAGUCUUCUGACUUAGCUGCAAGGAACAGCAACACUCUGCCGCACCAGCACCAGGCUCUAGCAGAGAAUAGCACAGUUCCGGUCUCAGCUGCUGCCAGCAGUGCCAGACCUGACACCGAUACUGAUGAUGAUUGUAGCUCUGUCAAAAGAGAAGGCUCUGGAUCAGGUAACCCAGUGCCACUGCCACCUAGAGACAGGAACAGGCCUCCUGCCACCGCCAAGCCCAGACAUCAGCGCAAACACCCUCUCAUCAUCCCUGGCCACGCCACUCGCACCCUGGCACGUCUCAACACGCACACGCAAGAGCCCACAUACCUUGGGUUGGAGGAUGAGCCGUCAUCGGACCAUAUGGCAGGAGAGGAGGAGGCUGACAGUGAGGGGGAGGGGAGACCUACCCCCACACCCCUCCCACUGCCCAGGACACUCCCGGACAUGGGUUCUAAGCAGGAACCGGAUAGUUUCGAGGAUAGAAUCGCGUGCGAGCUGGAGGCCCUGGACGCGAUGGAGGGAGAGGGUGAAGGGCGUGGCCUCCGUGAACAUGUUAGCUGCGAGGACCUGCUGGAGUUUGCAUGUGAUGGCCCCAAUACGCGGCGUACCCGAGGCAAGAGCAGUGGGGUGAACAGUGAUGAAGUACGCAUUAUGGGCAAGGUGCUCGGCAGUAAAGUAUCGGAGGAGAGCAGGCUGGCUGCACUCAACGCCACGGACUGGGACGUACAUCGUGCCAUCAAACUGUGUCGUCUGGACGCGCUACUGCCCCCCGAACUGUGUGCUGACAGUGUAGCCAAGCUGACGGCUCUGUACGACUCAGGGUGGGAAGUAGCGCGCGCCGCAGGAAUGUUGCUGGCUACCCUUGCGCCACAGGACGACGUCACGCAGGUCUGACUCCAGCGUACACACUUGUUACUGUACGGAUCUAGAUUGAAAAUUAUGAGUGAGAACACGUUGUUUGCUGAGAAAAUAAGAUUAUUGUUUCAGAGUUUGAUGAUUACGUUAGAAUUCUACAUUGUAACCUUUUAUAAUUGCAAAUUUUGUACCGAAUAUAAUGGAUAAUUUUUACUUGACUUUCAUGUGCAGAACAAAACGUCUUUCACACAAAUACUCUGUUAUGUAAAAAGUAUAAUUUCAGUUUUGAUCUGUUUUAGAGAAAAAAAUAGGGAUUCAAACUGUUUAGGUAAUUAGAAAAAUGUGUUGAGUAAAGUACUAAAGACAAUUAUUUUUUAAACUAAAAAAUUGUUUUUAAUUAACAAAACUACAGUGAUUAUAUGUUUAAACUACUGUUUUCAAGAAAACAUGUGCUUAGAUAUUACAAAUAAUCAAAAAUCCGUCUUUUUGCAUCACAAUAUUUAUAAAAGUUUGAACAAAACUUUUAAAUUUUUUCAGAAAGUGUCGUAAGACAGUUUCCAACCAAACCUCUUGUAGUAGAGUUGCACUAGAGACCAUGCUCAGGUAAGGAAGAAUAAGAGACCCCGCUAGUGCGGCUGUUGCUGAGGUUGUGCUCAAAAAUAAGACAGGGUUGUGAGGUUUAGUGGCUGUAAAUUGAAAUUAUACUUUUAAUACCAUGAAAUAUAUUCUGAUACAGCAAAUAUUUGUAAUUUACCUCUUUUAUCUUCUAUGUGCAUUAUUGCAUCAGUAUCAUUACAGUACAGCCGCAUGUAUCCGAACUGAGUGGAUAGUCUUAAGAUAAGUAAAUGUGAGAUGGUAAUAAUUAAAAUCUUAAUGUAAAAUAUAAAAUUUUGUUUUAUGAAAAAUAUAGAUAAAGGCUAUACAGUAGUACACACAUUGUUUUACAUUUUUGGAUCUAAAAUAUGUUGUUCUUUAUCUUUGUCUUUGUUAUUUUUGGUCAUGAUUUAGAAAUACGAAACGGUGACUUUCUCAUUGUGAAACUUUGUACUUUGAAGUAACUUUAAACCUACCUCAUAAUAAUACGGCACAUACGGUUGAAAUCUACCUCAUCACCAUUUUGUGAUGCAAGCGACUUGACUAAUUACUUAAGUAUCUGAACUUUUGUAGAGACAGAAGGAUGAAAAUGUUAGUUUUAGCAUGAUCGAAAUAGCUUCUAAAAUUCAAGCGUAUGGAGAGAAUCAUCGAAUCACACAGAGCAUUUUCUACCUCAUUUUUGUUUUAUUAAUGCACAUUUUACUGUAAAAUAUACAUGGUAAAUUAUUGCAUUGUAUUUUUAAUUACAUUUCUAUAAAUAUAUAUAUUUAAACUUAGUUUUUUUUUUCGGCCUUUAACGUAAGAUAGUGGUAUCACUGUUCCAUGCAGAAUAAAAUGGAAUGUCUGUCAAAUUCGGCAAGUUUGGAAACUGUGACUGUACUGUAUUUUAAAUAAUUUAUUUGUAAUGUCAAGUUGAAAUCAUAAUAGUUCUUAAAUUUUUAUUAUCAAAUAAUAGUAUUAAAUUAAGCAUAAAUAUUAAUAGGUGGUCGUUUACAAGUCUUAAUAAUUAAAUUGUAUUUGCAUGUAAUUUUUAUUUUUUAUAUUUAUACGUCUUAUUAGUUUAUGUGAAAGUUAUAAUUCCUAUUAAUAUAUUUAAUAUGUAAGCUUUACUCCUACCUACCUACCUACUAGUACGUUAAUAUUGUUUGGGCUGUAAGUACUUACGUUGUUUUCUAUAUUACGCUCUCUUUUCAUUUUGUGAUCUGUGUGAAAUGUUGCAUUUCUUUUAUAACAGUGUACAUAUUGUGUAGAUAUUAUUUUUGUAUAUAAGAUUUAUAACGCAAAAACCUAAUUUACUCUGUAGCCAGACAUAAUUUAUAACGUUUCUGAUAUUAUUAUUAUUAUAUUUUAGUAAGACCCAUAGGAAAGUGUGCCUGUAUUGAUGUAAGCUCAUCGACUAUAUAUAAGAUUGUCUGAUGCAAAACUAAAUGAAAAAGUCACUUUUGUUUAAUUUAUAAAAUUUAUGCACAUUUUAAAAUUCAUAGUACACAAGCCUGCACUGAAAAUACCGUAUGGAUUUUUAUAAGACAUUUAUAGUAAUUUUUUAAAUAAUUAUUGUUACUAAGUGGAAGAUUGUUACAGCAAAACAUUGUUGCAAAUUGAAAAAUGGAAAAAAAAUAUUGUGAACAUAAAUUGUAUAUUAAACUAUUGUAUAACUUGUUUUUGUGCUCUUUUAAUGUUUUUUACACAAUAUUGUGCCUGCUCGUACUAUUUGUGUGCAUUUAAUAAUGUUAAAUUCUUAUACAGUGUUAUAUCUGUGUAUUUCCCAACUAGAUUAUUAGUAUUACAUAGAUUUGUGUUCAGUAGUAGAGCAUGUAAUAAUUAUUGGUUCGCUUAGUAUAAAUUUAACUUUAACGCAGAGUCAAAUAUAAUCGAUUUGUAGAUAUAUUUGAGUGACAUUUUGUGUAGAAAUUAACAUUAAUUUGUUUUAUAAGCUUUUAAAAUAAAUUAGGCAUAAGAGAAAUCUAAACCAUUGAUUAAGUUAAAUAUGUAUUAAUGUGAAAUUCUAAAUUUUCUUAUAAAUGUUAGAUUAAGGAAAAACACCAUGUGGAUUAACGUUUUGUAUAUUAGGCAUUUAAGAAAAAUAUGCCAUAACGAUUUUAUAUAUAACAAAAUCAGCUCAAGUUUGGAAAUGUAUAAAAUUGUACGGAAAUUGAUUAACUACUGAAUCACUUAAGAAAAUUAUAAACUAGUUUUAGAUUAAGUUUCUUGUUUCUGCUGUUUGUAAUGGAUCUAAGGUCGGAGGCUAGCCUUAACGGGGAUCGGUGCUUUUUCUACUUGGUGAUAGGAUAUUGCAGUUCAUUGUCAUAACAUAAUUUCCCAUUUUCAGUUGUAGUACGUAAAAAUAUAAAGUCCUGUAAUAUGUUACUUACGUUUCUGUUUCAUAAUUUUAGUCAUGUUCAUAUAAUGUGGUGUAAGUAUAUUUUACUUUCAAAUUCCACUAUAAAUGUAUUAUUUCUCCUUGAAAAUUAAUAUUUAUAGAACUUAAGUAAUUAAUGAACUAACCGUAAAUUUUAAAAGAUUUAACCUACCAAAAAUUGUAAAAAAAUGUACCGUACAUAAUAAAUUUCUCAAAACCGCUUAUUUAUUUCUAAUAGUUAGCUAUAGUUAAUUAUCAUGCAUUUAUUGAAUCAGCAAUGCAAUUAGAUUAUUUGAGUUAACUAAGAUUGUAUUGUAUGAGCUGAGGUCGGGUAACGGAAGUGGCCCGAGGUUUAUACCUCGUAAGUGUCAAAGGUCUAGUCUAGCUUUUGUAAUCGAAACGAACCAAGACCAGUCUGUACCAAAAAUGUACUGGCUUUUCAAAAACAUUUUUAUAAAAUAUUUUUAUAUUAUUUAUUGAAAUUAUAUUUUAAUACUUUUGGAUGUGAUGUGAAAUGUGUUCCUAUUUGUCACUUGUGUUCAGUGCAUGAGGUUAAAUAAAUAAACAGAUGUAAAUAA